AUGAACGUUGUCUCCCUUCGCCCCGCCCCGCCCCGCCCCACGUGGUGCCCCAGCCGCGCCUCACGCCGCCCCGCUCCACGUGUAACUGUGCCGGCGUCUCUCUCUUGCCAUGCCGAGAAAGACGAUCCGAGGUCUCUGUUUCCCGCCCCUGUUUUAUUUUUGAAAUGCUACACGUUGCCUGCACGCCGUCACUCCCUCCCGCCAACCCCCUCAACGGCCGCCCCGCUCUCCUUCCCGCCUUCCCGCCUCCUCCGUCCUCCUCCCCUCCCUUCGCCUCUCUCUCUCUCUCUCUCUCUCUCUCUCUCUCUCUCUCUCUCUCUCUCUCCUCUUCCGUGUCUUGUUUUCAUCUCUCUCUCUCUCUCUCUCUCUCUCUCUCUCUCUCUCUCUCUCUCUCUCUCUCCUCUUCCGUGUCUUGUUGUCAUCUCUCUCUCUCUCUCUCUCUCUCUCUCUCUCUCUCUCUCUCUCUCUCUCUCUCUCUCUCUCUCUCUCUCUCUCUCUCUCUCUCUCUCCUUCAUCCACCUUUCCCUCCAUCUCCUUUCCUUGACCUCCUCUCCUCUCCUUCCUUCCUUUUUCUCUCCCUCAUGCUUUUCUUCUCUCCCUUUGGUCUCCCUUCCUUCCUUUUCCCUCCUUCCGUGUGUCGUCAUCUUUCUCUCUCCUUCUCUCUCUUCACCUUCCUUUCCUCCAUCUCCUCUUCAUUCCUUCCUCCCUUCUGUACUUCUCCUCCCUCUCCCGUUCCCUUACUUUGCGUUUUCCUCUUCCCCUCAUCCUCCCUUCCCUCUUCCCCUCUCCCUUCCUUCCUUCCAACUGCUUGUCACUUUUCCCUUCUCAUCUUUCCUUCCUUCUGCCAUUCGUCUUCUUGCUUCUUCUCCUACCCUUUCCUUCCUCAGCCUCCAAGCCCUUCCUUCGAUCCUCUUCUCUCAUGCCUUCCUCCCAUUCUUUCUCCUCCUGUAUGUCCUCUAUCUCCUGUUUAUUCCCUUCCUCUGCCACCACCUUUGUCUCUUUCUUGGUCUACGUGUGCAAGGCAAACACACACUUAUAUAGCUAUACACGUGAAACAAACAAACAAACAAACAGGUGGGCGUGUAGAUUGAAUUCCUGAGUCCACUAUUAACGUGAGCGGGAAAUGGGAGCUUCUGUCUUAAUUCUGUUCCCUGAGUUUUAUUUCCGUGUGACCCGAUUUGUUGAGACUGCGAAAGUUGGAAAGUUUCGUUUAGUCGGCGCAACAUCUGUGGUCAUAAUUAUGCCGGAGAGAGACAGAAGGGGAAGGAAUUAUAGGAGAAGGGAACAGAUCCCAGGAGACGGGACACAAUCCCCGAUUAAUACCUGGUACCCAUUCACUGCUGGGUGGACAGGGACGUAGGGUAUCGGAAAACCCGCCCAAUUUUUUCCACUCCGCCCGGGAAUCGAACCCGGGCGCUCUUGGUUGUGAGCCGAGUGUGCUAACCACUGCACCACGAAGCCUUGAGAUUACGAGAUUCAGAAGCCACGGACAGCGGGGAGGGGAGUUAUAGAGGAGGGGGCGCUAUCUGAAAGGGUUAGAGCUUUAGUAGGUAUGGGGCAGGGGUCUAUAAAGGAGAGGAAUGUCUGGGAAGGCUUUAUGAGGGAUGGGGAAGGAGUAGAAAGGAAGGGGGUUUAGGAGUGAGUGAGAAGAAGGGGGGUGUUUGCAGAAUAGUCAGGCCAUGGGAAAGGGUUCAGAGAGGGGAUGGGGCUGUUUCUCUGGCUGUUGGGCUUUGGAAGGGGGUAUGCUCUCCCUAUCUUUUAUUUUUUUUAAUCAAGUGUGUAGUGAGAAGAGGAAGUGGGUUAGUGGCGAAGGUACAGGUGGGGGAGAAGGAAAGAUAAUAGGAGUGUACAAUUGUAUGGUGUAGGUUCGUUGUUCUGGUGUUGUUUAUUUACCAACACCUCUAUCCAUCCAUCAUAACUAGCUGUGCCACACCCUGUCGAGUGCCCCAUUUCUACACUCUUCUUAAUUAAUAUCACAUGGAGAUUAUCAUUUUUAUUGAAACUGAACAGGUGGGAGUAUAUAUAUAUUGUUUCAUUGAUGAUUAACAGGUGGCAGUAUUUCCUAACAUAGUCAUUCAAGGGGUAUUAUGUUCUGGAAAUGUGCAGAAUGAAGGGUGAAUAAGUUUGUAAGAGGUGAGAAUGUUACUUUGAAAUCUUACCUCUUACAGAAUUAUUCACUCUUACAUACCCAUUCAAUUAGGACAUAAGAACAUAGGGAGACUGCAAGAGGGUAUAUUGUGUUUAGAAAAGGUGCAGAACGAAGAGUGAAUAAGUUUGUAAAAGGUAAGAAAGUUGCUUUGAAAUCUUACCUACAAGUCUUACCUCUUACAAAAUUAUUCACUCGAUCUUACAUAGCCAUUCAAGAAGUAUAAUGUGUUUGGGAAAGGUGCAGAAUGAAGGGUGAAUAAGUUUGUAAAAGGUAAGAAAGUUGCUUUGAAAUCUUACCUAGAAGUCUUACCUCUUACAAAAUUAUUCACUCGAUCUUACAUAGCCAUUCAAGAAGUAUAAUGUGUUUGGGAAAGGUGCAGAAUGAAGGGUAAAUAAGUUUGUAAAAGGUAAGAAAGUUGCUUUGAAAUCUUACCUAGAAGUCUUACCUCUUACAAAAUUAUUCACUCUUACAUAGCAUUCAAGAAGUAUAUUGUGUUCCGGAAUGCUGUAUAAUUAAGGAUGAGUAGGUUCGUAUAUAUAAGAGUUAAUAUUUCAUGGUAACGUAUAUUCUGAUAUCUUAUAGGUUCAGAGAGUAGUGAAUAUUCUUUUAAAAUCACAUAGGUAUUCUUUCAGAGAGUAGUGAAUAUUCUUUUAAAAUCACAUAGGUAACAUCUCAUAGUAAUAAUUCUUCUUCUAAAAGCUUAUCAGUAACAUCUCAAAUCAACGUAUAAUUCUCUUUCUUUGAUAUAAAUAAAGGAGAUACUUCUUAUAUAUGGAGAGAAUACUGCUUGACAUAGAAAGAUGGAAGGGAUAAAUAUAAAAAUUGUAAAUAGUUGCAGAAGAAGGAAAAGGUGAAGCUAUUUUGGACUAGAUACUAAAAUGUGUCGUGUGUAAUGCUUAGAGUUUUGACUAAAUACUAAUUCAUGCAGCUUUAUUUAAAUCAGUCCACCUUCACAGACCACUCCCACAUGUUACUCCCUUUCUCAGGUCCACAUUCUCAAACAUUUCAGGGCAUACACACCCAUAUUUGAGGUCUUGAGAGAGGUUGUGUUAGUAUUUCCAUGGGGGAUAGUUUUUGAGCCUAGGGAUAGUUUGACAAGGCUUCUCCACACACACAUAACUGAUCAGGCUCUGGUGGAGGUUAUGUUAGUAUUUCCAUGAGUAGAUUUAUGAGCCUAGUGAUAGUUUGGUGUCUUUUACAUACCCACAUUUGAUAAGGCUUUGGUAGAUGUGGUGUUUGUAUUUCCAUGAGGGGUAGUUUUAUGAGCCUGGUGGUAGUUUGACAAGGAUUCUGCACACCGACAGUUGUUAAGGCUUUGGCAGAGGUUGUUGUGUUAGUAGUUUCAUGAGUGUAGUGAUAGUUUGACAAGGCUUCUGCACCAUGAACGUGAAAAACUACUCAUGAGAACCCGACUAAUCGAACGAAAGUGUCUGAGAAUAUGGACCUUUUUCUCUCACUUCCAUCAUUGGCGCACUUCUUUACAUCGUCACUUAAAUAUAUCACAACUUUAAGGCUUCCACACACACCUGUCUCCACUUGCGUCGCUCUUACAUCCACUCGCAGAUUCCACAUUUAUUCCUUACACAAGCUCAUGGUCACACUUCGUUCUCUCUUUCACAUACAAGGAGGUAGACAUAGUAUAGUCAAACCAUAUGAAGGAGACCAUUAAGACAUUGAUUUUCGCAGGUCCUUUCCUCCCCUCUGCUCUGCCACACAGCCCCAACACCUAUUUUUUCCCCUCAUAUCUUACCCAUAGCUAGCAUAUGAGAGAAAGUGAUAGGUGUUGGGACUGUGUGGCAGAGCAGAGGG